CCUCGUUGUGGAGCUGCUCCUAAGCCAUCAUGGCGGCCGCGGGGGUCGGUGUCCGUCCCUGAGCAGCGCUGGAGCCGGAGCCGGUCCCCGGGUCCUGCGGCUGAGGAGCCCCUCCGUUGUCCACGGCCCCCACCUGCGGGGGGUGGGGAGGUUGGGUCCCGCGGCGGAGUUCCGGGAAUGUGACUGCCUGGCGGCGGCGGCGGCCGUAACAACGUCCGGAGCCGGGGGAGGGGGUGUCUCGGACAGAGACCCCUGGGCUUGGGGCAGCUGAGGCGGUCGGGCCUCCUCCCCCCUCCGCCCGCCUUCCGCCUUCCGCCUUCGGGGCCGCGAGAGUCCUCUGUCCCGUCCGGCCCUGCCCUGGCUCUGGGACACUGGGGGUGGUCUCUGUUUCCCCCAGACCUGGGACACCCCGUUUCCUGAGGCGUGGAGGAGCGACGCCCCCGAGUAAGCCGCCCGUGCCCCGCCCCGGCCGCCUCCCCUCUACCCCCGAGCCGCCCCUUGCUCCCGCUCCCGGCCCCAAGUGUGGCCUCGGAACCCCCCAUUCAUAUCCCCUCUCUGCUGUCAAGCGGCCUCCCCUUCCUCCCCCCAGGUCGCUCCCGGGAGCCUCCAAUGCCUUGACUUCUUCCAAUGUCACCUACGGUCCCUUUAGUCCCAGCCCAAACAAAAACUUUAAUGCAGAGGAAGAGCCUGGACUGGUUUCACAGGCCUUUUAAAAAGCGGACUUAAAAGUUGCUGGCAAUGCAUUCCUUUCUCAUCAGAGGCGAGGGCAAGCCCUCGUGAAGUCGGGGGACCCGCGUCCCUUUCCGGAGCGCAGGGCAGAUCGAGACGCAGGAGCGGCCGCUAGUUUGGCAGGAAAUUUGUCGGAAGACGAAGAACCUAAGAUAGGGGGGUGGGUGACUUCCACAGGAAAAGCUCUGGAGGAGCCUCCAGAGGUGACCAACGUUUCCUUUACGUGUGGGAAUCGAGAUGACUUUAGUGUUACUGACCCUUUUACAGCAUCCCUGUGAAUACUUACAAAGCCAGUAAAAGACGCUUAAACUCAAGAAACGCUUGGGUAGCACUGCAAUCGCGGGACUUGAGAUUGAUCAACUGCAGGAAAAAAAUCGGAACUCCUGUUUACACGUGUUCACUAAAAGCUGUGCUUCCUUUGGUCCCGGAAGACGUCUUUUUGUGACCGACCUCAAUUACUGACUUGCGGAAAUUCGGUGAAUGUGAAAUCCCAUGUGUAUACUGUUUUCCUCCCAAGCCCACUGACCGUUCUGGAAGACCUUGAACCCUCUUCUGGAAAGGGGUGCCUCGCAUUACUUUAUGGGGCAGCAGCCUGGAAAAGUGCUUGGGGACCAGAGAAGGCCAAGUCUGCCAGCCCUGCACUUUAUCAAAGGAGCAGGGAAGAAGGAGUCAUCGAGGCACGGGGGUCCACACUGCAAUGUUUUUGUGGAGCAUGAAGCCCUUCAGAGGCCUGUAGCAUCCGACUUCGAGCCCCAAGGGCUGAGCGAAGCAGCUCGUUGGAACUCCAAGGAGAACCUUCUUGCUGGUCCCAGUGAAAAUGACCCCAACCUUUUCGUUGCACUGUAUGAUUUUGUGGCCAGUGGGGACAACACCCUAAGCAUCACUAAAGGUGAGAAGCUCCGGGUUCUGGGCUACAAUCACAAUGGGGAAUGGUGCGAAGCCCAAACCAAAAAUGGCCAAGGCUGGGUCCCGAGCAACUACAUCACGCCGGUCAACAGCCUGGAGAAGCACUCGUGGUACCACGGGCCCGUGUCCCGCAACGCCGCCGAGUACCUGCUGAGCAGCGGCAUCAACGGCAGCUUCCUGGUGCGGGAGAGCGAGAGCAGCCCCGGCCAGAGGUCCAUCUCGCUCAGAUACGAGGGCAGGGUGUACCACUACCGCAUCAACACUGCCUCCGAUGGCAAGCUCUACGUCUCCUCGGAGAGCCGCUUCAACACGUUAGCGGAGCUGGUUCACCAUCACUCGACCGUGGCGGACGGGCUCAUCACCACUCUCCAUUACCCCGCCCCCAAGCGCAACAAGCCCACGGUCUACGGCGUGUCCCCCAACUAUGACAAGUGGGAGAUGGAGCGCACGGACAUCACCAUGCGGCACAAGCUGGGGGGCGGCCAGUACGGGGAGGUGUACGAGGGCGUCUGGAAGAAGUACAGCCUCACGGUGGCCGUGAAGACCUUGAAGGAGGACACCAUGGAGGUGGAGGAGUUCCUGAAGGAAGCUGCGGUGAUGAAGGAGAUCAAGCACCCCAACCUCGUGCAGCUGCUCGGGGUGUGCACCCGGGAGCCGCCCUUCUACAUCAUCACUGAGUUCAUGACCUACGGGAACCUGCUGGACUACCUGAGGGAGUGUAACCGGCAGGAGGUGAGCGCCGUGGUGCUGUUGUACAUGGCCACGCAGAUCUCGUCCGCCAUGGAGUACCUGGAGAAGAAAAACUUCAUCCACAGAGAUCUCGCUGCCCGGAACUGCCUGGUCGGGGAGAACCACUUGGUGAAGGUGGCUGAUUUCGGCCUGAGCCGGUUAAUGACGGGGGACACGUACACCGCCCACGCCGGGGCCAAGUUCCCCAUCAAGUGGACGGCGCCGGAGAGCCUGGCCUACAACAAGUUCUCCAUCAAGUCCGACGUCUGGGCAUUUGGAGUGUUGCUCUGGGAAAUCGCUACCUACGGCAUGUCGCCUUACCCGGGGAUCGACCUGUCGCAGGUGUAUGAGCUGCUGGAGAAGGACUACCGCAUGGAGCGCCCGGAGGGCUGCCCGGAGAAGGUGUACGAGCUCAUGCGAGCGUGUUGGCAGUGGACGCCCUCCGACCGGCCCUCCUUUGCUGAAAUCCACCAAGCCUUUGAGACCAUGUUCCAGGAGUCCAGCAUCUCUGACGAAGUGGAAAAGGAACUGGGGAAAAAAGGCGUGCGAGGGGCUGCCAGCACUGUGCUGCAGGCCCCGGAGCUGCCCACGAAGACCAGGACGUCCAGGAGAGCCGCGGAGCACAGGGAGCCCGCCGACGUGCCCGAGACGCCCCACGCCAAGGGCCCAGGAGAGACCGAUCCUCUGGACCAGGAGCCACCUGUGUCUCCCCUGCUCCCUCGGAAAGAACGGGGUCCCCAGGAUGGCGGCCUCACUGAAGACGAGCGCCUGCUCCCCAAAGACAAGAAGACCAACCUGUUCAGUGCCUUGAUCAAGAAGAAGAAGAAGACGGCCCCGACGCCCCCGAAGCGCAGCAGCUCCUUCCGGGAGAUGGACGGCCAGCCCGAGCGCAAGGGGCCCGGUGAGGAAGAGGGCCGAGAAACCAGCAACGGGGCGCCGGCCCUCACACCCGCGGACGCAGCCGAGCCAGCCAAGGCCCCGAAGCCCAGCGCUGGGGCUGGCGUCCCCAACGGAGCCUUCCGGGAGUCGGGGGGCGCGGGCUUCCGGUCUCCCCACCUGUGGAAAAAGUCCAGUACACUGACCAGCAGCCGCCUGGCCGCUGGCGAGGAGGAGGGCGGCGGCAGCUCCAGCAAGCGCUUCCUGAGGUCCUGCUCUGCCUCCUGCGUGCCCCACGGGGCUCGGGACACCGAGUGGAGGUCCGUCACGCUGCCCCGGGACCUGCAGUCCACGGGCAGGCAGUUCGACUCGUCCACGUUUGGGGGCCACAAGAGCGAGAAGCCGGCCCUGCCUCGGAAGCGGGCAGGCGACAGCAGGUCCGAGCAGGCGGCCAGAGGCGCGGUGACGCCCCCUCCCCGGCUGCCAAAAAAGCCCGAGGAGGCAGCCGAUGAGGUCUUCCGAGACGCGGGGGAGUCCAGCCCAGGCUCUAGCCCCCCAAGCCUGACCCCAAAACUCCUCCGCAGGCAGGGGACGGGGGCUCCCUCCUCCAGCCUUCCCCACAGGGAUGAGGCCGGGAAGUCCAGUGCCUUGGGGACACCUGCUGCUGUGGAGCCGGUGUCCUCUGCCAGCAGAGCCGGGCCAGCUGCGGCCGGAGGGACUGGCAGGGCCCCUGCCGAGGAACCCAGGGCACGGAGGCACAAGCCUUCCUCCGAGUCUCCAGGGAGAGACAAGGGGAAGCUGUCCAAGCUCAAACCUGCCCCGCCACCCCCACCAGCGGCCUCCGUGGGGAAAGCUGGGAAGCCCGGACACAGCCCGACCCAGGACACGGUCGGCGAGGCCGGCGGGAAGGCGAAGGCCACGGCUGUGGUCGCAGAUGCCGCGAACAGUGACGCUGUCAAGGCCAGUCCACUGGGAGAGGGCGUCAAAAAGCCCGGGCUCCCGUCCGUGCCAAGGCCACAGCCGUCUGGCAAGUCCACGGGGGCGCCGGCCAGCGCAGCUCCCGCCCCCUCCACGGGGCCGUCUGCGUCCUCCGCCCUGGCCGGGGACUCGCCAGCCUCCACGCCCUUCAUCCCUCUCAUAUCGACCCGUGUGUCUCUCCGGAAGACGCGGCAGCCUCCGGAGCGGAUCGCCAGCGGCGCCAUCACCAAGGGCGUGGUCCUGGACGGCACCGAGGCCCUGUGCCAGGCCAUCUCCAGGAACUCCGAGCAGAUGGCCAGCCACAGCGCCGUGCUGGAAGCCGGCAAAAACCUCUACACGUUCUGCGUGAGCUACGUGGAUUCCAUCCAGCAGAUGAGGAACAAGUUUGCCUUCCGCGAGGCCAUCAACAAGCUGGAGAGCAGCCUCCGUGAGCUGCAGAUCUGCCCGGCGACGGCGGGGGGCGGCCCGGCCGCCACUCAGGACUUCAGCAAACUCCUCAGCUCCGUGAAGGAGAUCAGCGACAUCGUGCAGAGGUAGCAGGAGCCGGGCGCCAGGCCAGCCAGAGCCGCCUGCGGUGCGUGCAGCGCCCCCCCCCCCCCCCCCGCGCCCGAAACCUUGGCGGACGCCAGACCAGUGCGCGGGGCCCUCGGCCCAGGAGCGCAGUGCCGCACGGAGCCGAGGGCCCCUGCGGACCCCAGCCCACUACCUGUGUAUGUGCGCCAGCCGUCCUGCACUUCUCCGCCUGCAGCCCUGGGCUCCCCGCGUCACCUGUCCCGAGUUCUGUCUGUGGAGUUCCUGCCCGUUGGACUGCCGUCGGCCCUCCAGCCUCCUCCCCACGUAGCGCUCCAGACCUGAGCCCUUCCGGCCACGUUUCCCUUUCGCUGGUCUUUUCUGGAGGUCCUCCCCUGGGUAUGCCUUCUCCCCCUCCCCGAGAGAGCACCCCAAGCAGGAGCCUGGUCAGCAAGGCCCCGGACCCGUCCGCUGCCCUCACCCCACAGAGGGAGCCUGCGCACUCCUCCCACGGUGCCCCCCGCCUCCCGCCCCACGCUGAAGACCCGUUUCCAGAACCCCAUCCUGGUGGGUGCUUGCCGGCCGGGUGCUCUGCCCUCCCUUGCUGCCCGGGGCUGGCGCCUGCACAUUUCCUCACGUGCAGGACGGCUCUCGGUUUGGGGGGUAAACCGGGGUGCUGAAGCCAACCGGCCUUUGGGUGCUGGCUGUCUUAUGGCAGGCACUGCUCGUCCUGGGUGGAAAGCUUGAGUCCUGAGGGUAGCGAGGUCCCAGUCCAGUGUGCAAGGUCAGGGGAGGGAGGAGGGGUGGCUGGGGGAGUCGCUGGUGCCCAGAUGGCCCCGGGGCUGGGCCCUGCUUGCCUUCAUUUCUUGCUUCCGGUGCCCAGAAGAGGCACUUGGUCUUGAUUUCUGACCCAUCUCUCCUCCCCUAUGGGCCUCUGAGACCAAGGAGAUUCGUGCAGAACUCUCUCCUGUGUGACAAGCCAGGCUUCAGUUUUCUGGAGCGUUUCAGCCCAGUCACCUCCGGCACACGAGGACCAGCGCUCGGGACAAGAAGGGACUGUGGCACCAACACCCCAACCGUUGCUGACUGUGCGCUAGGAGGCAGACGCCCUGUUGAAUCACCGACUCAGCCCACCGUGUCCAUGGGGGUAUCAGGGAUGGAGAAAACCACAACCAGAUGAAGCCCCGGGAAGGGUCUCAAAGAGCCGGCCUUGGGCCGUACUCUCCCCAGGCUGCCCAGCACCAGGCCCUCCGGGCAGGGGCCCAGGCCGCCUUGACCUUGACCUAGAGCUGGAGGAGGGGGCAGGCACCUGCCUGGGUGACUCGCACGGGGCCUGUUUUUAUGCUCCUCGCCCAAACUUGCAUUUUAAUUCUCUGGUAAAGAUGGCGUCCUCUGGAUCGACUGUCCGUCACCUCUUUGUCCCUCCCCCCCAGACAUCUGUGUCACACAGACUUUGAGGGAGGUGCUAGAACACCACCAGCGGCCUUGCAGACCAAGCGGCACCGACCCCACGGGGUCCCCCGCCACCGCCUGUUUUCUGUGAGGUAUUGGUCUCUGUUCACACGACGUGCCACUAUAUUUUGCAUUUAUACCUUCGCAUUACACUCUUUUAUAGACUUGCUCUUUUAUAAAUGACGUGUAAAUAGUGUCCCGCCACUCUCCCUCCUUCAACGCCUCUGGUGUCUUCUUCUUUUUUUUUUUUUUUUGGUCCAGUACAUUUUGUUUCUGUAUAUGACUCUGUUUUUGAAGCCACACCUCCCAGUAGUAUUUUUUAAAUAAAUGUUUACAACAUUAGAACUCGG